AUGGCGGCAUCUCCGGCGGUCGUUCAUCUGAUUCUGGCUCUGUUCACCACCCUCUUCACCUCAGGGUCAAGCAUUCAGAUUGAAUGGGCGGGGCGCACUUGGAACGUCCGCGACACGAAAGGCACUUUGUCUGGUCCUGGCCCGAACUACUUUUCGGACUCCCCCGAACACGUCACGGUUGACUCGAGAGGCAACUUGAGGCUUCAGGUGACCAACACCAGUGGAAAGUGGGUGUGCGGAGAACUGUCGCUGCCAAGAAGUCUCGGCUACGGCACCUACGAAUGGACAGUGACGUCAGACGCCGGCUAUCUCGAGAACAACGUCAUCCUCGGCCUGUUUACAUACGCAAUGAAUCCCGAACAAAAUCACAGGGAGAUCGACAUCGAGUUUGGCCGCUUCGGCCUGUCUCCUGCCAGGGACCCGACAAACGCCCAAUUCAGAUGGUAUGCACCCCCCGUUUCCGCGUCAUCCCCCCCCCUCGUCGUGUCCUUCACGUGGACCCCCGGGCGGAUCGACUGGGAGGCACGUCAGGCUGAGCUACUCUUGAGCAGCAAGACUUACGCGGCCGGGGAUGUGCCCACUCCAGGACCGGAACUCACGGUCAUCAAUUUGUGGGUGUACAAAUCCAGGGGGAUUACUGGGCCGAUCAAUGGGAAGGGUGCGACGGUGUACCUGUCGGACUUUAUCUUCACGCCGUGCUACUAA